GAAUGAAGCAGCGUCUAAAUUUACCACUAUAUGGAAGUUAAAUAGAACGAGCUAUCAAGAUGCGAUCGCUAUCUUCCAAGAGACGCAUUCUCCGUUGCGUUGCUCACAAGCUCCUUCUAUCCUUUCUUUCUCUUGAACGAUAUCACCUUUUGUCCUCUCUGGAUGUGACACGACUCAUAUUCCACUAUAUUAUCACUUUAUUUUCAUAAUGAAAAAGCAUUUGUUCCUCUUAGCGUUGUCCUUUCAGUUGCGACUCAGCACACAGUAUCAAACCAAAGAAGAAUAUGACCAAGACACCGCCGGGCUCAAGAAGAUUGGCAUGUGUCGCAACUGGCACAAGGCCAAUAAGCAUACAUUCGUUGAGGAGUGCCAGCCUACAUGUGGCGAUGCGAAAGAGCACUCCGUCUUAUGCUUUGACAUCUCAAGUGACGGUAGCACUAAGGAUUGGCACACAAGCUAUGACGGCGAGAAGUACACACUCGGGCACUGUAAAUGCGAUGUAGCGAUCGCCGAAAAGAUUGUCGGACAAUACGUAUUGUGGUUGCCCGUGGUGGCCGAAAUCGGCUGCUUCAUCUUUCUCAAAACUCUUUCAUGGAUAGGAGAACUGGUUGUAAAUGCCGCAAUUGAUGCGAUUCCGGGUGGCGCUGCGGUCAACGGAGCAUUGAAGAUGGUCAUACAGGCUGCUAAGACGUUCGCUUCCAACGGAUUGCCAGCCGAUCCAUUCAAGGCGUGGAUUCUGGAUACGUGCGACGUAGAUCCGAACGAAAAAUGGGUCAAAGAUAUUGGAGGUAUCUUCGACGCGCUGUCAGGAAGUGUUGUCCCUGGCAUUGAGGGUGUCCCAUGCAAAAAAUGCCCUGGGGGUAAGAACGACAAUCACGACAUCGACAAAGACAAAGACAAAGACAGGGGUAAACCGACUGGAGGCCCUAAAGAUCCUAAGCCGACACAUAAUGACCAUGGCCAAACCUCGAGGAAGGAUGAACAGCACAAACCGACACCUACGUCAGACGAACAUAAGAGCGUCGCCCAGACAUCGAAGGGUUCUCCCCAAAGUACUGCGAGAUCCAGUAAUCCCCCGAAGUCUUCGGCUGUAAGCACCGCUCAGACACCGAAGAGUUCUCUCCAAAGUACUGCGAGAUCUAGUGAUCCCCCGAAGUCUUCGGCUGCAAGCGAUAAAAUACCCUCAGAUCAAGCUCGCACCAAGACCGACACCCCAGCAAGCAUGACUGCUACACCAACUUCUGCUUCUGCUUGUGCACUGGGAAAGCGUGAUGGGCAGAAUGUCCGAGACCAGAAUGUUCGUUAUUUUGAAGAUGGUCGUAACACGUUCUUCGACGGCUGCACACUUCAUGUGACAACCACUACAAAGAAGGAUUGGGGCGCCCUAACGACACCUGCGGUGACCUGUUCUGCCAGGUGGAGCCAGGCAUGCUACCAUUACAGAUCUGUGAUGAGUGUGCAAGGAGCCCUUGGUAAGACUGAUUACGUGCGGUGGACUUGUGGUGCGACGGCUAGCAGCUUUGACGGAAGAGCUACUCGGUUGUAUUCGACCAGCUCACUAGUAGUGAAAAAGAACGAAAAUGGCGGCGUGCCCUUCUUCUCGGUCCCUGAUAAACUAAACCAGCACCACUUCGGCUGGAUUGAUCGCUGGGUCGAGGCUGGGUAUACCACCACCAAUUACGUCGGCGGCUGCGAUCGCGACGAGUGGCCACCAAGAAAUUUUUGGCCAGAGAGCAAGAAGGCAAAGGAAGGUCAGUUCAUUAGACUUCUCCCAGCAGGUGAAAAUAGAGGUGCAGGAUCAAUGUGGAACGGAUUUUGUAAGAUGAAUAGUGAUUGGAAACAUUGGCUUCGGAAAGAUCAUUUGUCGAACGAAAAGGAUAACGACCGAAUACGUACGACUAAUUCAAUGGUUGUCGAAAAUAUCAAAGAUGGCAGAACCAGUAAGUACUUAACACUGAAUCCGCGCCGCUGCAAGGUCUAACAAUCAGAUCAGCAAUCACUACAUCGGUUGGCGUUAUCGUUCCUCAACCUGUCUUUGAGAUAAAACACUGGGACGGUCUCCCAGAUGGCGACGGCCUCGAAAAGAAUAAAUGCGUACC